CAGCUUCUUCCCCGGCCGGCGCGCUUCCCCGAGGUCCUCUAGUCGGCGCGCCCCCAUCGAAUCAGGAGAUGUUCGCCGUUUUCCCCGCGGAAGCUCCGCUGCAGCAAGAACCCGGAGGGGCCCCGAUCCCUGCUGCUGCUGCCCCUCGGGCGCUUCCUCCUCCUCCUGCCCCCGAGGACCCCCUGGAGAAAGUCAAGCGCCCCAUGAACGCCUUCAUGGUGUGGUCCAGCGCGCAAAGGCGCAAGAUGGCGCAGGAGCACCCCAAGAUGCACAACUCGGAGAUCUCCAAGCGCCUGGGCGCCGCUUGGAAACUGCUGCCCGACGCCGAGAAGCGGCCCUUCGUGGACGAGGCCAAGCGCCUCCGGGCUCUGCACAUGAAGGACUACCCCGAUUACAAGUACCGGCCCCGGCGCAAGGGCGGAUCCGGGCGCGCACGGGACAAGGGCGCACCGGCAGCAGCAGCCUCGCCAGGAACCUUUCCGUGCGCCCCGACGGCCGAGACGCGCGGCUGGAGCGCAUACGCUGCCGCUCCAGGAGGGACCCCCGACGGCAGGGGCGCCUGCUACCCUUACGAGCUCGCCCAAGGAGGACCCGGAGGCGGAGGAGGCUACGGGGCCGGAUCCCCGGCGCCCUACAGCACCCUGACGUACGGCGCCCAGCCCUCCCCGAUGGUGGCCACGAUGAUCAAACAAGAAGGCGGCUUGCAGCAGUUUCACCACUCCUUUGGCGACUUCCACGAUGUGAUGACGGCCUAUUCCCUGCAGGCGUGCGAUGCUGCGGAGGGGGCGCCCCAAUACUGCAUUUCCCAGCACCCCUAUUUGGGGUUCAGCAACACACCUCCACUGACCCACCUUUAACUGGUUUGAAGGUGGCGGAGAAAGGACUGAUUUAAUUUGGGUUUUUUUUGGGGGGGUGUUGGUUUGGGGGCUGUUUUAUUUCCCCAGCUUCGUGCAAAAGGGGAUAAACUUGAUUUCACUUGUGCACAAGUUUGUGUCUUGCGUAUAUCGAAGCGGGGAAGUUUGUACAGGACAAUUUUCUUUUUUACCUUAAGAAAUGAAG